ACAACAGGAUGGCUUCAUCCAACCAUCAAUCAAUAUGACUUAGAACCUCAGGUUACAAUUGACACCGUUCCAAAUGUGAAGAAGCAACAUGAAGUGAACGUCGGUAUCUCCAACUCGUUCGGAUUCGGAGGGCAUAACUCAGUGGUUGUUUUUGCACCCUACAAACCUUGAACACAAGCUCAUAAUUUCUUGAAGAUACAGCAUUUAUAAUAUUGCCCCUUUUCUCAUGUUUUAUAGGUUCUUUCUCCCCACCCCACCCUAGUGUUCCCACUUACUCUCCAACGUGACUCGAACCCUCAACCUACCGGUCGAUGGUGGAGGAGCUCAACUAGUCGAGCAAGUCUCACUUGUCUCAAAUUUUAUAGUUUCAAAUCUUAUAUGUCUAUGUGGGGUAUACACGUUAUAUUAAUAUUAUAACAAUGUCCAAAUUUGCUUGUAGUUUCCAUAACUUCAUGUUUUGUGGACAAACAUAAGAAUGUAAUGACUUUUCCAAAUUUCUUUUCA